AUGACUUCGACUGAGACUAGUCAGCCGCUAGAUAGGCGGGAGGAUAGCGUAUCGGAGGAGGGCGGCAUUUCACAGCCCGAGUUGGAGCGGUUAAGGCUGGAAAUAGAGCUCGAAAACGCGCGCUCGCGGCGAAUCGAGCUGGAGAUUUCGCGAGGUAAUAGCGAGAGGUCGUCUCAGAGUUCGUCCCCGUCACCCGAUGCACGAGAGGACGCUCUGGGGCGGUACGCUAAGAGGCUAAAAAGUGUUCUUUUGCCUUUACCGUCCGAUUUGGAGGUGCCAGUAUGGUUUGACGGGAUUGAGGGGGUCUUUCGAUCAUACAGUGUGCCCGAAAAUAUACAAAGCCACUUGAUUCUUCCUCUGGUGACGAGGCGCGUGAAGCAUCUGUACUCAAAAUUGUCCACAGAAGAGCUGGACAGUUAUGAUGCCGUCAAGGACGCGGUAUUGAAAGAGUUAAGGCUGGCGCCCGGGGAAUAUCGAAAGCAGUUCCUCGGAGCGACUAAGGGGAGAGACGAGGGAUGGUCUCACUUUGCAUCCCGCGUUAAAAGUUACCUUUCCUACUACGUCAGAUCACGCGAAGUAGAUUCCUUCGAUGAACUGAUCGAGCUGAUAGCGGCAGACCAGUUAAAAACCACUAUCAGUCCAGCGGCGUACGAGUAUGUUAAAGUACAGGAGGGUAGCAGCUGGGCAGGGCCUGCAAGUAUCGCGGAAAUGGUUGACGCUUUCGAGGAGGCGAAGGGUAUCGGCGCCGGGAUCAAAGCCCGUGGUUCGCAGUCCGGCAGCGCCGGGCAGACGCAAUCACAGGGGGGCGCGACAAGCAAUGUCAGCGCGAGGGAGGCACAUGAAAAGCCGCACAAAAGAGAGCUCGAAGGCAAAAAGCCAAAUCAGAGUGGCCUACGGUGUUUCAGGUGUGGCGGCCCGCAUUUUGCUCGGAGUUGUCCGCGGAAACAGGUUGAGCACAGGCGCGGCGAGGUCGCGGCAACCGUCGCGAGGGUAUCGGUGGCGGUGGCCCCGGCUGAGGCCCCCGUAGGUGGUGCCGCGUCGGAUGAGAGGUUAGAGUGCAAGGCCAAUUGUGCACUUACGGUCGGGGUAGACCAGGUGUCCGUUCUGCAGAUGGUCGACCUCUGCAGCGACGGCACAACUGUCAGAGCCAUUGUGGAUACGGGAGCGCAGGUGACCGUUAUGCGUGCCAGCUUGUUCCCAAGGGAGUGCGCCGAGGCAACGGGAAGUGUGACUUUGGUGUCGGCUUUCGGGGAAAAAGUGAGAGCUAGUCUUGGGACGCUGCGUCUCGCCCUCUGUGAGGAAGGCGCAGGGAACGGCAUCGCGAAAUCAGUAUACGUUCUGUGUGCCUUUACGGAAGAGUUGGCGACAGGAACAGACUGCCUGCUAUCGGGUGAGGCGUACGAACUUCUCACGUCAGGUGCCCGGGUCAUCCCCGAGGGAGUAAUGUCGGUAGACAUCGAGGAAGGCGGUUCGACAGACGAGAGGUCGUGUUUCGAGGUAGAGGUUGAGUCGACGAGUAGCGACGAGGCCCCUUCAGUGGUGGCGGACGCGGUAGGUGAGCAGUCACGUACAUCGGAAUGUGCGGAGUUCAGAGCGUCGCAGCGUGAAGACCGUUCACUUUCGGAGGAAUGGGGACGCGCGAAAAACGGGACUCAUGGGUUCGAGGUGAUAGACGGCGCGUUGUAUCACCGAGAAAAAAUACCAGGACGAAUGGUUCGACAACUUGUGCUCCCGCAGUCCAGGCGUAACGAAGUGCUCCUUUUGGCGCACGACUCCCCAUGGGGAGGACAUUUGGGGUUACGCAAAACUUUGGCGCGGGUCAAGGCAAACUUCUAUUGGCCGGACUUAGACCGUGACGUUAGGGAAUACUGCCGCACGUGUAACAGCUGCCAGCUAAUAUCGGACAGGAGGGUCACCGAUAGGGUCCCAAUAGCGCCGUUAACGCGACCUGCGUAUCCGUUCCAAGCGGUGAAUGUGGAUAUCAUUGGCCCGAUCGAGCCGAAGUCUGCGCGUGGGCACAGGUACGCGCUGUGCAUGACAGACCUGCACACCAGGUGGCCUGAGGUUGUCUGUAUGACCACUUUUACCGCGCGUAAGACGUGUGACGCUCUGCUCAAAAUCUUCGCGAGAACGGGGGGGCCAGGGGUAGUGUGUAGUGACAACGGGAGCAACUUUACUUCGUCACUUACGAAAGAAUUCUUGCUAAGAAUUGGCUCUGCUCCGCGUUUCUCUACAGUGGAGCACCCGGAGAGUAACGGCUCCGUAGAAAGAUGGAAUCGCGUUUUUAAAAAGAUGCUUUUCCAUGUUGUGCAAAGUGACCCGCGAAAUUGGGACCAACACGUGCCGUUCCUUCUGUGGGCAUAUCGCGAGGUGCCGCACGACACCACAGGUGUGUCGCCAUUUGAGCUUCUAUACGGCCGUAAGCCGGUGGGCCCUAUGGGCAUCCUAAAGAACACGUGGUCGGGGGAAGUUGACAUCCCCAACACACUUAGGGAGGCGCCAGCGAAGUACAUGGAGCGCUUAAGGCAGCAGUUGCAGCUGGCUGCGGAUGUGGCGGGUCUAACGGCAUCGAAAAAUCAAGAGACUUAUGCCGCCCAGUACAAUCGACGGGCGAAACCGAAAAGCUUUAACCCUGGGGACCAGGUUCUCAUUUUCGAGGUAGACAGGCAAGGGAAGUUAUUUCCCAAAUGGAGGGGGCCUUACACGGUCGUGGCUGGACACCGUCAGAAUUCCUACGUCGUUCUGGGAACUGACGGUAAACGGAAAACAGUACACGCGAACCACCUCAGGCAAUAUCACGCCCGCCUGGGACACGUAGGGGUGGUGUUCCAGAUCGACGAGGAUUUUGGCGUUGUUGAGCAUGCACCUGCGCUUGCGGACGACGUGAGUGACGCCUUGCCUGACGCUGCAGUCCAGCACCUGACUAGAGGCCAGGCCCGGGAAAUCCGCGGCAUCAUUGAAUCUUUUCGAACGCUUUUCGUGACAACUCCUGGUAUAGCCAAGGUGGGAGAGCAUCAAAUAGUUCUCAAAGAGGGGCACGCGCCGACAAAACGGCACGCCUAUCGCGUGCCGGAGAUGUUGCGGGGGGAAGUAGAGAAGCAAGUUAGUGGGCUACUUGAACAGGGCUUAAUAUAUCCCACGAACAGUCCUUUUGCUCACCCCGUCGUGUGCGUAGCAAAAAAAGGACGGCGCAAUUCGAUUAUGCGUAGAUUACCGUCAGUUAAACGCAGGAACCGUUGA